AUGGGCCCCCGUACCGACUCCUCAUGCUGCUGCCAGGCCCGUAAUCUGUCAUGGGCCCCUGUACCGCCUCCUCAUGCUGCUGCCAGGCCUGUAAUCUGUCAUGGGCCCCCGUACCGACUCCUCAUGCUGCUGCCAGGCCCGUAAUCUGUCAUGGGCCCCUGUACCGCCUCCUCAUGCUGCUGCCAGGUCCAGAGUGUGUCAUGGGUCCCUGUACGGCCUCCCAUUGCUGCUGUCUCCAUCGCCACACACUCUGCCAUGUGCCACUUUCAGGUCUCCUCACACUGCUGGUGGGUUCCAUUUUGUCAUAGGGUGCUGUAUGGCCUCCCAUUGCUGCUGCCUCCACCACCACACUGUGGCUCCACACUCUGGUUUUGGCCCCUUGACUGCCCAAAUGAGUGAAGUGUGCGGUGAUUCUAAGAUUGACGGCACUCAUCUGCAUGUCAUACUGACUGACAGUAUUAUUUCUCUUCCCCAGCAGACUCCAAGGGCAUUUAAAUUAAAGGUACAGUGUUCUGCACUAAUAUAA